CCGAUUCCUGGCAGACUCCAUUCAAUCUUCAAAGAAAACCAGCCGAGGUCUAGAUCGUGAAGUCUAAAACCCUAGGAAAAGCUUCUGGUUGCACCAGAGCCAGUCGAUUCAAUAACGGUGAUGAAUUUUGCCGCCAGUUAAAGACGUUUGCUUCGAAUAAUCAUCUCUGUGAUUCGUGUGAACCGGUUCCCCUUCUUCAUUUUGUUCUUAUCCUUCCUGAGAAACGAGAGUGAAAUGUGAUGAGAGGCUGGAGUAUCAAUUUGCACGCUCUAUUGAAUUUUCAUAUCUUGAUCGUGUUAUCAUCUCUCUAAGGGUAGCAUGAACAUUGUCAAAGGUGUUGCUGACCUUUUACGGAAGGGAUCAAGUAGCUAUGGGGGUGACAAUAGGUCGGGGUCAUCACUGGAGAGAUUCUCUCCUCCAUCUCCAAUAAUUCGGUUUAGUGACAUCGGUGACGAGUCAAUUCUAAAUGCACUUUGGGGAAGAUACGAGAAUGUCACCGACAAGGGGGAAAAGAAGAGGUCAUUUCAAAUUUUCUUGAAGCAAUUCCUAGUUGUAUUUCAAAAUUGGGAGCCGGUUAGUAUUGAGCUAUCUCGAGAUGUUGUUAAUUCUGCAUCUACCUCGGAGGUUGCAAAACAAGGCCCUGAUGUUGUACUUGGCUGCACAUUUGGUCAUCCUGCUGAAAUAGUUCUAUGUUUAACUGAAGAUCUUGCACAAAUAACCAGCAUUAUCAAUGAAUACCAGUUAGGAGCUUUGUCUACCAUAACAUCUGAAGGUAUUCCCGUGUUGGAUGCUUUGACUGUUGUGGUCCGUUCAUUGCACAAUUGCCGACUUUUUGGAUACUAUGGCGGGAUCCAAAAGAUUACUGCAUUAAUGAAGGCCACAGUUGUGCAACUCAAGACCAUUGCUAGUGCACUUUCAACAGAUGGAAAUUUGUCAAACGAUGUUGUGGAGAGGACUGCAAUUUUUCAAAAUGUUCUAGUACGUGCUGUCUCUAUAAUAGGCAGCUUUAUUAAUUUGCACUCAAACAUAUAUAAGGCUCAUCUAAACAGCAGUCACUUGGAGUUUUUUGUCUCAAGGGGCAGUAUGGAAACAACUGAUCAUUCCACAGAUGUGAAUGGUUCUCUCACUGAAGAAUUGUUGCUGUGGCAUAAAAAGGCAGUUGUGUCAGUAAUGGAAGCAGGUGGCCUUAAUUGGUUAGUAGAGCUGUUGCGUGUCAUGAGGAGGUUGAAUAUGAAAGAACAGCAAACAGAUAUUUUACUACAAAGGUUAGUUCUUGAAACUCUUCUAUCAGCGCUAUCUGAUAAUCCUCGGGGUCAGAACCAUUUUCGAAGUAUUGGCGGCCUUGAAGCUCUUCUGGAUGGGCUGGGAGUUGUAUCAAACAAUGCUUUGUUACCAGAUGAUUUCUCAAGUUCUGGCGUUACUAGGAAUAAUAACUUCCUAACAGAUGUUUUCCACCUCCAUGUUCUUCUAUUGGAGGUACUUAGGGAGGCUGUCUUUGGAAAUUUAAACAACAUGCAGUUCCUAUCAGAGAAUGGAAGGGUGCACAAGUUUGCAAAUAGCUUUUGUUCACUUGCAUUCACACUUCAAAAAAUCAAAAUGGAUGAUGAUGAACAACCAGACGAUUUCGAUGACAGUAGUACAAUCUCUACUAAAGAUGAAGGGAAAAUGGAUGCAUCCACAGUUCGAGUCAAGCUAUCUCAUUUGUAUAGUUGGAAAAAUUAUGUUGCCAAGUUGAGCACUGUUCUUUUUUCUUUUCUGCUUGCGUCAGGAGAUAGUAAACCAUAUAAGUUUCAAUCAACUCAAAGAAGUAACCUGCUACUGUCCUCAGCUUAUGUCGAACUUUCUGUAAAGUGGGUCAUUAGAGUGCUUCUUAUAGUUUUUCCAUGCAUAAAAGCUUGCUCUAAUGAAAAGGAGCUGCCCAACCAUUUAAGGGUUUUCAUCUAUGUGCUUCAGCGUUGUGUUCUCUCUGCAUUCAAGAAGACACUGACUUUUUCAUCGUCCCUAGUUGACAUAUUCCGAGCCGAAGGAGCCUGGGACUUCCUCUUCUCCGAAAACUUUUUUUAUUUUGAGCCUCCAUCCGGGGAAUUUUCUGGUCAUCAUGGUUCCAGCUACGAAAUUUCAUUGGCCAUCAAUGAACAAAGGCAUGCUUCAAAUUGCUCUCGUAGUCCUAUAAGUCUUAAUGAAGCUGAAGCUAUUCAGAGAGAAGUGAUUUCAUUCAUGGAAUUUGUGGCAACUUCAAUUGGAAGUUCACACAACUUGCCUGAGUGUUCAAUUUUGUUAGAUGCACUUGAACAAUGUGCUUGUAAUCCUGGGAUAGCUAAUGCUCUUGCUCGGAGCCUGCUUCAAAUAUUGCAACUUUCCUACGAGAAAUCUAUUUCUUCGUUCAAGACACUUGAUGCAAUUCCUCGUGUUCUUAAGAUUGCAUGCAUACAGGCUCAUGAAUCUAAGAGGCCUGCAGUAGAAAGCCCUCACUUGAAUUCAAAUCUGGUCAAAAUAGGAACUUUUGACCCAGAGAUGUCGAUUUCUGCCGAGGCAUCUCACUCUUGGCACAUGAGCAUGGCAACUUGCAUUGAAAUCUUCACAACGUACUUUUCUGUUAUAGAUGAUGCAAAAAGUUCAAUGUUGCAUAGUCCUGCUUGUGUUGACCGUUUGUUUGAUUUAUUUUGGGAAGAAGGCCUGAGAAACAUCAUGCUUUCUUAUAUUCUUGAUCUGAUGAAGAUUAUCUCAAUAUCCGAGGAAGACCACAAGGCAAAACUUUAUUUAUGUUCGAAGUAUUUAGAGACAUUCACACAUGUAAAGGAACAUGAGAACUUUGUAGAAUUAUCUACUGACUUGCUUGUUGGGAUGAAAGAUUUGCUCUCAACUGAUCAGGAGUACUAUCAGGCUUUAUUCUGUGAUGGCGAGUGUUUCAUACAUGUGGUCUCUUUGCUCAAUGGGAACCUUGAUGUGAAAGACGGUGAGAAGCUGGUUCUGAACGUCCUCCAAACACUGACCUGCUUGCUUUCAAGGAAUGAUUCCUCAAAGGCUGCAUUUAGAUCACUUGUCGGUGUGGGCUAUCAGACAUUACGAAGCAUACUGUUGGACUUUUGCCAAUGGCAACCAAGUGAUGCACUUUUGAAUGCCUUACUCGAUAUGUUGGUCGAUGGGAAGUUUGAUCCCAAGGCAAGCCCUGUGAUUAAAAAUGAAGAUGUCAUUUUGCUCUAUAUGAGUGUUCUGCAGAAGAGCAGUGGGUCGUUGCAGCAAUAUGGGUUAAAUGUUUUUCUUCAUCUUCUAAGGGAUUCAAUAUCCAACCGAGCUUCUUGUGUUAGAGCAGAGAUGCUUAACUUCCUUCUUGAUUGGUUUGCGCUUGAAGACAAUGACGGUGUAAUCCUGAAAAUUGCCCUAUUGAUUCAGGUCAUUGGGGGCCAUAGCAUUUCAGGGAAGGACAUCCGUAAAAUAUUUGCUCUACUUCGAAGUGACAAAGUUGGAUCUCAUAAGCAAUAUUGUUCAUUGCUAUUAACCAGUGUGUUGUCAAUGCUAAAUGAGAAAGGUCCAACUGCCUUUUUUGAUCUUAAUGGCGUGGACUCUGGAAUAUCAAUAAAAACCCCAGUUCAGUGUCCUUUGAGUAAAGGAUUUUCCUUCACUUGUUGGCUAAGGGUAGAAAGCUUUCCCACAAGUGGGACUAUGGGACUUUUCAAUUUUCUCACCGAAAGUGGAAGAGGAUGCAUUGCUGUCCUCAGAAAGGACAGGUUAACCUAUGAGUCAAUAAAUCAGAAGCGACAGUGUGUCUCUCUUCAUGUGAACAUCGCUACGAAAAAGUGGCAUUUUUUGUGUAUCACCCAUACCAUUGGUAGGGCGUUUUCUGGGGGCAGCCAAUUAAAAUGUUAUUUGGAUGGAGUUCUUGUGUCAUCUGAGAAAUGCAGAUAUGCAAAAAUCAACGAGCAUUUGACUUAUUGCACCAUUGGCACAAAAUUAUCUUUUCCUUAUUGCGAGGAGAAUUCUAUGCUCUCGAUCAAAGAUUCAUCCCCAUUUUUUGGCCAGAUUGGUCCAGUUUACCUGUUCAAUGAUUCCAUUACUUCUGAACAAGUGAAACUUGUUUAUUCCCUAGGGCCAAGCUACAUGUACUCCUUCCUUGACAGUGAAGUUGCAAUUGGUGUGGGAAAUCCAUAUAGCAAUGGAGUCCUUGAUGUGAAGGAUGGCCUUUCAUCCAAAAUUAUCUUUGGGCUUAAUGCACAGGCAAGUAAAGGUAGGAUGCUGUUAAAUGUUUCACCAACCUUGGAUGUUGGGGCAGAUAAGAGUCCGUUUGAAGCAAUUGUGUCUUCUGGGACACAACUAUGUUCUCGUCGGUUGCUACAACAGAUUAUAUACUGUGUAGGUGGGGUAUCAGUUUUCUUUCCUCUGUUCACACAGACUGAGCUGUAUGAAGAUGAAGACAAUCAGCCAGUGUGUCAGACAUUGCUAACUCCGGUUACAAGAGAACGUUUGACUGCUGAAGUUAUUGAGCUUAUAGCUUCUGUUUUAGAUGACAAUUUAGCCAAUCAACAACAGAUGCUUCUACUCUCCGGAUUCUCAAUAUUGGGGUUUUUACUUCAAUCUGUUCCGCCUCAACAGCUCAAUUUGGAAACACUUUCGGCUCUAAAACAUUUAUUGAAUGUGGUUUCAAAUAGUGGCUUGUCAGAUAUGCUUGUGAAGGAUGCUAUAUCAAAUAUAUUACUUAAUCCACUUAUCUGGGUGCACUCAGUUUACAAGGUGCAGCGUGAGCUAUAUAUGUUUCUUUUUCAGCAGUUCGAUAAUGAUCCAAGGUUGCUAACAAGUCUAUGUAGGCUCCCUCGUGUUCUUGAUAUAAUACAACAGUUUUACUGCAAUGAUGUAAAAAAGAGUUCUGCUUUUGGAAACAAACCGCUUCUAGCUUUACCACGGUCAGUUAUAGCAGAAAGACCCACCAAAGAUGAAAUACACAAAAUUCGUCUCCUUUUAUUGAGCCUUGGCGAGAUGAGUCUCAGGGAGCAUAUUUCAGUAUCAGAUAUAAAUGCUCUUAUCACAUUUUUUGAGGGCAGUCAGGACAUGUCAUGCAUUGAAGAUGUUCUACAUAUGAUUAUUCGUGGUGUAUCACAAAAGCCACUUCUUGCUUCAUUUCUGGAGCAGGUCAAUUUGAUUGGUGGAUGUCACAUUUUUGUCAAUCUUCUCCAAAGGGAUUUUGAGCCUAUCAGAUUGCUCAGUUUACAGUUCCUUGGUAGACUGCUCGUUGGUCUUCCAUCAGAGAAGAAAGGAUCAAAGUUUUUUAGUAUUUCCGUAGGAAAGCCUAAAUAUAUUUUAGACAGCCACAAGAAAGGCACAUCAAGGAUGCAACCCAUUUUCUCAAUAAUGUCAGACCACCUGUUCAAGUUUCCUCAGACGGAUCUUUUGUGUGCAACAUUGUUUGAUGUUCUUCUUGGAGGUGCAAGCCCUAAACAGGUUCUACAAAAGCAUAACCAACCUGACCGUCCCAGGAGUAACUCACAAUUCUUUCUUCCUCAAAUCUUAGCCCUCAUUUUCAGAUUUUUGGCAAAUUGUGAUGAUGGUACAACAAGAAUUAAAAUCAUUAGCGAUUUACUUGAUCUUCUGGAUUCAAAUCCUUCAAACAUAGAAGCUCUAAUGGAGCAUGGUUGGAACACGUGGCUGGAUUCUUCUUUGAGGCUGAAGGCAUUGAGGAACUACAAACUAAAGACACAUACUCACAGUGGCUUUGAGAUCAGUGAACAAAACUUUAUUAGGAGUUUGUAUUGUGUUGUCCUUUGCCAUUGCAUGCAUUCUGUCAAGGGAGGCUGGCAACACUUAGAGGAGACUGUGAAUUUUAUACUUCUUCAUUGUGAACAAGGUUGCCUCUCGUAUCAGUAUUUCCUUCGGGAUCUCUAUGAGGACUUAAUCCAGAAACUGUUGAAUUUUUCUGAUGCGGAAAAUACACUUGUGACACAGCCUUGCCGGGACAAUAUGUCGUAUCUUCUGAAACUAGUUGAUGAGAAGCUUCUCUCAGAAAUAAAAUUUAAACUUCCGAAGCUGCCUGCCACAGAAGAGGAGGAGAAAGUUGAUGAAGAAUUGUGGAGAUUAUAUGAUAACCUAUGGAAUAUUAUUAGUGCAAUACAUGGCAAGGGACCAAAUAAGACGCUACCAAAGCCUUCCCCAACUACAAUUACAUCCUUUGGACAAAGAGCUCUUGGUUUGGUUGAAUCACUAAAUAUUCCCGCAGCUGAAAUGGCUGCUGUUGUUGUAUCAGGUGGAAUUAGCAAUGCUUUGACUGGAAGACCAAAUAAACCUAUUGACAAAGCUAUGGUGUUAAGAGGGGAGAAAUGUCCAAGAAUUGUUUUUCGACUGGUGAUUCUGUAUCUUUGUAAGUCAUCCCUUGAAAGAGCAUCUCGAUGCGUGCAACAGCUUAUCCCCCUUCUGCCUUGUCUUCUUACUGCUGAUGAUGAGCAAAGCAAGAACCGGUUGCAACUCUUCAUAUGGGCCUUGCUUGCUGUUAGAUCACAUUAUGGGAUGCUCGAUGAUGGUGCUAGAUUUCAUGUUAUUGCUCAUUUAAUUCGUGAAACAGUAAAUAGUGGAAAGAUAAUGUUAGCUACAAGUAUUGCUGGCAGAGAUGAUUCUUCCGAUUCAAGCAGCUAUGGUAAGGAAGGAAGUUCCAUUCAUAACCUGAUCCAAAAGGAUCGAGUACUUUCUGCGUUUUCUGAUGAAGUAAAAUAUAUUAAGAACUCGGGAGCUGAUAGGACCAGUCAAUUACAUGAGCUUCAUCUUCGGCUAGAUGAACUGGUCUUCAUUGAUUCUGAUCAAAAGAAAGCAUUCCGAGAUGAAAUUCAGUACAGUUUAAUAUCCAUUCUUGCCUCAGACAACAAAAGAAGAGAUUCUUCCAGGCUUUCUAUAGAUGAGGAGCAGCAAGUAGUUGCUGGAAAGUGGAUUCACACUUUUCGCUCUCUAAUUGAUGAGAGGGGUCCAUGGUCUGCUAAUCCAUUUCCAAAUAAUAUUACAACAUUCUGGAAACUUGAUAAGACAGAAGAUGCAUGGCGUCGCCGGCAGAAAUUGAGACGGAAUUAUCAUUUUGAUGGAAAGCUAUGUCUUCCUCUCUCUGCUAUACCUACUGAAGCCCCUUCUCUUGCUGCCAAUGAUGGAAAAUAUGGUUUUGGAGCCAAUAUUCCAGAGCAGAUGAAGCGGUUUUUGCUGAAAGGGAUUCACAAGAUUACGGACGAGGGUUCUACAGAAUUAAGUGAAAGUGAUGCGGAAUGUAGUGGCCAUGGGGUCUCUGCUUCUCAUGAUUCAACUGAUAAGCGGUCCUCUGAGGGUGUCAGAGAGAUCGAUGACCAAACAGACGUUGCUCAGGACAGAAAAGAUUGCCUUUCUUCAUCUGCAGAAACAGAAAAUAGUGAGGUUCUCUUGUCGGUCCACUGUGUUCUAGUUGCACCAAAGAGAAAAUUAGCUGGACAUCUGACUGUCAUGAAGAAAUUCUUGCAUUUCUCUGGUGAAUUUUUAGUGGAAGGUACUGGAGGAUCUUCUGCUUUUAAAAACUUUGACUCUUCAGGUGUGCUUGAUCUGAGCAAGGCUGAUCCCGAAGGUGGAUGCCAGAAGCAGAAACUUCUCAAGUGGCCUGGCAGCCUUGAUCUCGAUUCUGAAAGAGGAAAAGCUAUUGAUAGCAUAAGUGCAUUGUGUGGAAAUGUUCCUCAAAAGAAUCCUAACAAUAUCAAGCGCCAUAGAAGAUGGAACAUAGCUAAGGUAAAAGCUGUCCAUUGGACCAGAUAUCUGCUUAGAUACACAGCGAUUGAAAUCUUCUUCAAUGACUCCACUGCUCCAGUGUUUUUAAAUUUUGCAACACAGAAGGAUGCAAAGGAUGUUGGCAGCUUGAUCAUUACUAACAGAAAUGAUUCAAUGUUUCCCAAGGGAUAUAGGGACAAGACUAGCAUUAUUUCCUUUGUUGAUCGACGUGUUGCGUUAGAAAUGGCAGAAAUCGCUAGAGAAAGUUGGAGGAGAAGAGAGAUUACAAACUUUGAGUACUUGAUGAUUCUUAACACACUCGCAGGAAGAUCUUAUAAUGAUUUAACUCAGUAUCCUGUGUUUCCUUGGGUAUUGUCUGAUUAUUCUUCAGAGACUCUUGAUUUGAACAAGUCAUCUACUUAUAGGGAUCUUUCAAAACCAGUUGGAGCACUGGAUCCAAAGCGAUUGGAGGUUUUUGAAGACAGAUAUCGAAGCUUUUGUGAUCCUGAUAUUCCCAGUUUCUAUUAUGGUUCUCAUUACUCUAGCAUGGGAAUUGUGCUCUUCUACCUUCUUAGAUUGGAGCCUUUUACAGCACUCCAUCGUAAUUUGCAGGGUGGCAAGUUUGAUCACGCUGACAGACUUUUCCAAGGCAUAGAAGGCACAUUUAGGAAUUGCCUUUCUAAUACAAGUGAUGUCAAGGAAUUGAUACCUGAAUUUUUUUACAUGCCAGAGUUCCUCGUUAAUUCAAACACAUAUCAUUUCGGAUCCAAACAAGAUGGAGAACCAAUAGGUGAUGUUGUUCUCCCUCAAUGGGCUAAGGGUUCUCCAGAAGAAUUCAUAAGCAAGCAUAGGGAGGCCCUUGAAAGUGAAUAUGUUAGCUCAAACCUUCACCAUUGGAUCGAUUUGAUCUUUGGUUAUAAACAGCGCGGUAAACAAGCAGUUGAGGCAGCAAACAUUUUUUACUAUUUAACAUAUGAAGGCGCUGUUGAUCUGGAGACAAUGGAAGAUGAGUUGCAGAGAUCCGCAAUUGAAGAUCAAAUUGCUAAUUUUGGCCAAACACCUAUUCAGAUUUUCCAAAAGAGACACCCUAGAAGAGGCCCACCCAUUCCUAUAGCACAUCCUUUGCGAUACGCACCUGGUUCUAUCAAUUUGACCUCAAUUGUUUCAAGUACUAAUAAUUUACCAUCAACAGUGUUGUAUGUUAAUGUGUUUGAUUCUAGCAUUGUCCACGUGAACCAAGGUCUCACCAUGUCUGUUAAGACGUGGUUAACAACUCAAUUGCAGUCUGGUGGGAACUUCACCUUCUCGGGUUCACAGGAUCCUUUCUUUGGCAUUGGAUCUGAUAUCCUCUCUCAUCGGAAAAUUGGGAGUCCUCUGGCAGAAAAUAUUGAACUUGGUGCACAGUGUUUUGCAACAUUACAAACACCAUUUGAGAACUAUUUAAUAUCAUGUGGUACCUGGGAAAAUAGCUUUCAGGUGAUAUCAUUAACCGAUGGAAGAAUAGUGCAGAGCAUUAGACAUCAUAAAGAUGUUGUUAGCUGCAUUUCAGUGACAUCAGAUAGAAGCAUCCUUGCCACUGGGAGUUAUGACACAACAGUUAUGGUUUGGGAAAUUUCUCGGGGAAAACCUUCUGACAAGAGAGUUAAGCAUACUCAGCAAGAGGUUCCUCGCGUCAUUGCUGAGAGUCCAUUUCACAUACUCUGUGGGCAUGAUGAUGUAAUCACUUGCUUACAUGCAAGUAUGGAGCUUGAUGUUGUUAUUAGUGGAUCAAAAGAUGGAACUUGUGUCUUCCAUACCCUGCGUGAUGGUAGAUAUGUAAGAUCCAUUAGGCAUCCAGCUGGAAGCCCGUUGUCGAAGCUUGUUGUUUCUCGUCAUGGACAAAUCGUUCUUUACUCUGAUGAAGAUCUUAGCUUGCAUCUGUACUCCAUCAACGGGAAACACAUCGGAUCUUGCGAAUCCAAUGGCCGCCUAAACUGUCUUGAGCUUAGCGGGUGUGGCGAGUUCUUGGUUUGUGUGGGUGACCAAGGUCAGAUUAUCGUGCGAUCUAUGAGCUCCCUGGGAAUUGUUAAAAGGUACAAUGGGAUAGGCAAAUCAGUGACUUCACUGACCGUGACACCUGAAGAUUGCUUCAUAGCUGGGACGAAAGAAGGGAAUCUUCUUGUUUAUUCUAUAGAGAAUCUUCAAAUGCGCAAGACGAGCGGUCAACAAAAUAUGAAACCCAAACCCUCUGUGGCAUGAUUAAUUUCAUCAUUCAUGGCUCACACUGGUUUCUCAUGCUUGAUCUUACUUAGUCCCAGAAUGUGGAAAUGGUUCGCAAGAAGUUGACUUUUUCUUACAACAAAGAGGGAACUGCAAAUACUUGAGGUCAAAAGGUACCCUGUGAUAUUAAUAUUGUACAUUGUUAUAUGAUAUAAAGUUCUUUUUUUUUUGGAAGUUUGAGAGGCCUCAUCUGGUUGUGAAUAACUAACUGGCAAGUGGUGUGGUUGGUGUUGUAAGGCCAUGAGCAUUGUAUAGAUGUUUGAUGGGGCUUAACAUCUACUCAUCUCAAUAUACUCGGUAGGUAUUAUACUCCGUACGUACUACAUUUAUAGGAAAGUAACGCUUAUUAAUGAAACCCGAUACCCCGUUCCCUAAUUAAAUUCAUGACUUGACUUCACGGGAUACUCCAUCCGUAUAACAAAGUGUUGAAAAAUUAAAAUGUAUGGUUACAAUUUGUUUGAAAAGAGAGAAUUGUUAAGAACAAUUCUACUCUUGUGGGAUUUAACUGGGUUGUUG